UAAUACUGAUCCACCAGCAUUUCCUUACAUAAGUUAAAUGAUUCUAUGCUUAGAGCAAUGUAGUUAAAUGGAUCACUUCCUAUUAAUGAUUCAGUGAACUGUUUAUCACAACAACACAAGUGUCAUGCCUUUGAUUUCUUCCUCUGCUAUUUCCUGUCCGCCUCUGAAUCUUUGUCCAUCAUCCCUGUCUCUAGUCCCCCGCUGCAGGACUCGGAGACGCUGACGCCUUGUCGUCGACCAAUCACGUGCCGUGUUUCCAGUGCGCUGAAAACACUCUCCAAUAAUAAGAAGCGCGCGGGGCGGGAUGUGGCGGACCCCUCACACCUCCACACUCAGAAAUCUGUGGCGUCGCAGAUCCUCUGUGAAUCCGACAGGAGCCCGGACCGGUGACGCAACGCGGGACAGGUACACGGAGACGCGCAGGCCGGGAGGCUGCUCGCAGUGGAGACACGGACAACUACUGGAAUGGACGUGUAGGAGCGACGGACAGCAGAGCCUCUCCUCCCCGCUCCCUGACAGCUCUACCGCAAGCCGCGAACAUGUCGACGGUGGAAGCAGGCGGUCAGCGCGAAGAAGGGGAGUACGGAAGAGCUGCCAAGCGGCUGAAAAUGGAGGAGCCGCCGCUGGAGGAGAAGGAGGACAGAGCGGAGGAUGAGCUGGAGGAGGGGGAGGACUCGGACAGCGGGUCGCUGCCAGGUAACGGGGAGGCACAGACGGACAGUCGGGCCCGAUGGAGCGGCAGGCAGUUCGGUUCAGGGCGAAAGGAUAAUGGCGAAGACUCCCAUCUCAUCUCUCCUAGUCCGGUUGUUCAUGUCAGGGGUCUCUGUGAGGCCGUGGUAGAAGCAGACCUAAUCGACGCCCUGAAGAAAUUCGGACCAAUAUGCUAUGUGAUGAUGAUGCCCUUCAAGCGUCAGGCCUUGGUGGAGUUCUCUGCAGUGGAGAGUGCUGAUCGCUGUGUGACCUGUGGCGCCAAGGAGCCGGUGUACAUCGCAGGACAACAGGCUUACUUUAACUACUCCACAUCGAAGCGAAUCACCAGACCAACAAACGCUGACAACCCAAACAGCGGCAACAAGGUUCUGCUGCUGUCCAUCCAGAACCCGCUCUACCCCAUCACUACGGAUGUUCUCUACACUGUGUGUAACCCUAUAGGCAGCGUGCUGAGGAUUGUCAUCUUUAAGAGAAACGGAAUCCAGGCCAUGGUGGAGUUUGAGUCAGUUCAGUGUGCCCAGAAGGCCAAAGCAGCACUAAAUGGAGCUGACAUUUAUGCUGGCUGCUGUACACUCAAGAUUGAAUAUGCAAGGCCAACACGUCUGAAUGUAAUAAAGAAUGAUAAUGAGAGCUGGGACUACACCAAACCAUACUUGGUCAGACGAGAACGUGGGAAAGGGAGACAAAAGCAGGCUAUUUUAGGAGAACACCCAUCAUCUUAUGCUGACAAUGGUUAUGGCCUGGCCUGCCCCCUGCUGCCUCUGACAAGCAAUAGCAGGUACAAGCUCAGCUCAGUGGAUGUCCCAGACAUGGUUUCCUACCCGCUGCCCCAGUCUUCCCCGUCCUACUCUGGCCACACCCCCAGCUCCGUAGCCAUGGUGAGCGGCCUCCAUCCAUCCAAGAUGAACUGCACCCGCAUCUUCAACCUCUUCUGUCUCUACGGUAACAUAGAAAAGGUGAAGUUUAUGAAGAGCGUUCCAGGUACGGCGCUGGUGGAGAUGGGAGACGAGUAUGCAGUGGACCGAGCCAUCACACACCUCAACAGUAUCAAGCUGUUUGGAAAAAGACUUAAUGUCUGUGUCUCUAAGCAACACGCAGUGAUUCCCAGCCAGGUGUUUGAGUUAGAGGAUGGCAGCAGCAGCUACAAGGACUUCGCCAUGACCAGGAAUAACCGCUUCAGCAGCGCCGGACAAGCCUCCAAGAACAUCAUCCAGCCUCCGUCUGCUGUGCUACACUAUUACAACGUUCCUCCCUGUAUAUCCCAGGACCAGCUGCUCAAGCUGUGUAGGGAGCACGGCGUGCCUGGCUUCAUCAAAUUCAAGAUGUUUGACGCCAAGCCCUCCUCUAAGACCAUCUCUGGGUUGCUGGAGUUUGACAGUAAGACGGAGGCUGUGGAGGCUCUUACUGUUCUCAAUCACUACCAGAUUAGGAUACCAAAUGGAUCCAACCCAUACACACUGAAACUGUGUUUUUCCACCUCGUCUCAUUUAUAAAGGCUGUCGAGCACAAACAGAGCGCUACAGGCUGCUGAUGUGUGACUCUGAUGGAAGUAAGACUCAGCAGAACCACGGAGAGCCACACUGCAGGUUAGCUACCUGGACGAUGGUGAUGUUGAGAUGGUCGGUGAAAGAAAUGGAGAGAGUGAAGGAACAAACUGACCAGAGGGUCUGACCAGCCGGGAACCAAUGAAAACACCUCAGGGUGUGUUUACCACUGUCUGGAACAUGAAGGGAAAACCUGACCUGUUGUUGGUCUUCUGUCUUGGAGUCUGGAUUCUACCUGAACGUGGAUCUGACAUCUCUCACGGUUACUCAUGCACACGCUUUAAGAAUAUUUCCUGUUAAGACACCUGAUAAAUCCAUUGUGCUUUUGAAUAUCACUGUAAGAGUUUAAGUAAGUAGGAACAAAGCUUUAAGUUCUCAUCCAGUGUUUAACGGUGCAUGUUCUGUAUUCCUUUCGUCUUGGUGGCAGCUACAGAUGUUUCCCAGCUGUUUGGUCAGCAUGAGAUGCCUCCACUGCUGAUCAGCUGGAAGAUGUAGGACACUCUGGAUACUUAGAGGCAAACGUUUCAAUAUAUCAAAGUGAUCAUUCUGACACAACGUGUUGCCUUUUUACAGAAUCAUAUGAGAAUUUUAGCCAUAGCUAUUUCAUGAGUCCUCAGGUAUUCAUGAGCAGGACUUCUCAUUUCACUCCAUCUGCAGGUGAGAGCGACAGACUGAAGCAGAGCGGCUGCAGUUGGUUACCAUAAAAAUCCCAACAAAUAUAUGCUGAUUAAUGUACAGGCUGUUUUAUGAUGGUCGUUUUCUGUGGCACAUCUGAACACAUCACUGCAUAUGUGGGAAGGUUGCUUUAAAGGGGCAGUAUUAUGUAAAAUGGACUUUUUUCAACUUUACCUCAUGUUUUAAUGUUAUUCCCUGAUCAAAGCAUACCUGGAGUUUUGCCUUAAUUCUUUUAUGCAUGUUUGAGAAAUCUUUUAAUUUCCAUGGCAACCGCUCUGCUGUGCAAAAUGCCUGGAUGGACCUAGCCCCGCCUUCGUGGCGCAGCUCCUCCUCCCAGUUUCCAAGGCUCUGCCUCACAGAGCAGCCCUCCGACCCAACUCCCCCAGGCAGCUCCUUCAGACGCAGCAACUAGCAAACACCUGGUAGAACUGCACAAUGCUUGUAUAAACAUUGUUGAAGUGUUAAUACAGGUGCCUUGUAAUGAUUUCCUGUUGGCGGUGUUUCAGAAAGAGCAGGAGAGAGACAGAGGGCCGAUUUCAAGGCGUUAAAUUGCAAACUCAGUCAUAUUUGAUGCA